CACACAUACACACACACAGCUGCUCGGAACCAUGACAGAAGAUGACGGAUACAGUUGUCGCGGAGGGACAAGUCAAGUUUAGAGAUGGAAAAAAGUGGAAGAGUCGGUGGGUCGUUCUUCGGAAGCCCUCUCCGGUCGCAGACUGUCUGUCCCUGCUGGUGUAUAAGGAGAAGAAGAAAGGGAAGGAGAAGAGCAGCGGCCAUAAGGAGAGGCUGAAUGUAACACUGGAGGGCAUCUGUGGUGUGGAGCCAGGGACCGGGUUCGAUGGAGUGUCCUACACCCUCUCCAUCCUCUGCCUGGCUCACACGCUGGUGUUGGGCUUCCACAGCCGAGACGCCCUGCUAGCUUGGGACGCCCGCAUCCGCUACAGCCUGGGAGAAGUCCACAGGUUCAGCGUCGAUGUGGAGCUAGGUACCAAACUGGAGAGUGGGCCCGCCUCCCUCCACCUGUGCAAUAACCUAUUGGUCCUCACCAGGGGCCUGCCACCCAUCGUCAUCGGCCACUGGAAGUUGUCGGCGUUGCGUCGAUACGGUGCCGUGCCAAAUGGCUUUGUGUUCGAGGGGGGGACUCGCUGUGGAUACUGGGCGGGUGUGUUCUUCUUGUCCUGUUCAGACGGAGAGCAGAUCAGUUUCCUGUUUGACUGCAUUGUGAGGGGCAUUAACCCCAGCAGAGUCCCACAUGGCCUGCGACCCACCCUGCCAGAUCCCAAUGCUGACCCAGCUUCAGCCGAAAAACGCAUCGACCAGGAGGCGUCGGAUCUGGAGAAAAGACUCAGCAUGCUGUCUCAAUGCAGCCUAGCGAGCAGCACAGCUUCCACUUAUAGCUGCAGCACAUCUGUCGCCGGGGACGACCACAGCAUCUCCAGCUCCUCUUCCAGCCAGUCAGACACAAGCUAUGGGAGCCGACUUCCGUUUUGGGUGGAGCCGUUAGCUAGGCCUCACCCCUCCAACGAAACGGCGUCCAGCUCCUCCACGUUGAAGGCUUUGGCCAGCUCAGAUGACCGACUUUACGCCGUUGCGUCCGGAAGCUCCGGGAUUCGUCCGUCCUCCGCCCAGCUCCACACUCGUGGUCUCCAUGACAGCGGGAGGCAGAGCUCAUUAGACAGUGGGAUUGGGAUAGCGGCGGGCAGUCAGUCGUCUUACUCUGGGAGCUUCUCCUCAUACACAGGGAGUCUGGACAUGGCCAGUCAAGGAGGAGGAGAGGACUUUGGCUCCUUGGCCAGUUUACCUGCUCCUCCACUUCCUCCUUCAUCACCUCCUUUUGCUGCCCCCUCCACUCCUCUACCUCCUCCUGCUUCACCUCUUUUUGCUCUCCCCUCCACUCCUCUACCUCCUCCUUCUUCACCUCUUUUUGCUCUCCCCUCCACUCCUCUUCCUCCUCCUUCUUCACCUGUUUUUGCUCCCCCCUCCUCUCCUCCACCUCCUCCUUCUUCACCUCUUUUUUCACCCCCCUCCACUCCUCCACCUCCUUCCAUACUUACCCCCGAGCACAGUUCUGCUACCUCCUCCUCCUCCACCCCUUGUGCCUCCAGAUGUAGCUCCUGUGCAUCUCGGAGGCACAGUGAGGAGUACCAGAUCCCCAGCCUGCUCAGACUGCUGUAUGAUACCCCCAGGAGUCUGUUCCAAAACCUGACCCUGAGGGAACCCUCAGCCCAGGGAGGCCUGCUUGGGCUGGGCAGGGACAGCAGGAGCAGUGGGGAUGAGGGACAAAGGUUGACCAACAGCCCCACAGGAUCCAGAGCUCAGCAUCAGGCUAUGAUGCAACGCUCGCUCUCCUGGGGCAGUGAGAGGGCGCCCUCUGUUGACAGUGAAGGGAGGUCCACACCCAGAUCGCCACCAGUACCUGGAGGAGACACACAGUGCAGUCAUGGUGAAGACAACUACAUCACACCAGAGCAGUGGAGGUCAGCAAAGAGCAGAUGCUUCACACAGGUCGACAGCUCAUCCUCAGGUCCGUCGCCCUCCGCAGACACACCAGGUGCAGUGUGCUCGGACCCUCCUCUCUGUGUGAGAGAGGAACACGGUGACAGAGGGGAUGUUGGUUAUAAGUUUGCAGGUCUGAGGAGGUGGCUGCCCUCUUUUUCUCAUUCUGGACCUCCACCUCUGCCUGUCACGCUGAGCACACGUAGCCCGACAGCACCCUGUGGUGUGUUCCAGUCUCACAGUGAAGCUCCGCCAUCUGCUCCCCUGGGAACUGGACUACGCAGCGACAGCACUGCUAAUUAUGUCAACAUCCCCAUUAGCCUCCUGCCGGCUAGAAGUGACAGAGAACUCCUCUACACGGAGCUGGACCUGCAGGAGCCCAGUUCAGCUGCAGUCUCUAGUCCGCACAGUGCUAAACACAUUUCUUCUGUUUUCUCCCCUAACGCCCAACCAGAAGAGGGCUCCAUCAGGUAUGCCCACCUCGAUAUCGCUGCCAUGGAAACGGCUCAGAGAGUGGGGGCGGAGCACGUUCAGGGAAGGCAAGACAGACUGACUGAGCUGGAGAGCAGACGGCGAGGGCCACCAAUCUGAUUGGCUACAACCAACUCGAUGACACUUUAAAAACAGUUUUCAAUGCAGAUUCUCUCCGUAAAACGCUCACCUGUCAUUGUCACACUCACAAAUACACACGCAGUUCUGCCACUGAACAGAAAUUCCUGCACAACAAUCCAUUCCACUAAGAAAAAAAGAAGAAAAUAGGAAUUGCCUUGAGGUCUUUUGUGCAGCUGCUUAUGGAUGUUUGUAAUUUUGUUUGUGUAGUUUCCUUUAACCCCACCUGCAAACUUAAAUCAGUGUUUCUACAUUUCACUUGAUGACUUUUACUCCCAAUUUCUUUGGGGCAUGCAUGGCACUUAUGUCUGCUGAGACGAAUGUCGGAGGACAAACUGCCCUUUAAAUUCACUUAGGAUGAAUGUUGGUAGAAAAUGGCUUUAAUCUGAGGGAAUGGCACCAAAACCUGAUGUUUACUGCUGAUUAUAGAUAGCAGACACAGAUAUACAGCGAUGUAUUGCAUUGAAUUUAUUUCAUAUUCUGGCUAGAUUCACCUUUUUCCUGACUGGAGCACCGUUUAGUUUAUUUGUUGUUACUUCUCUUACUGAGAGGUCACAAACUGCCAUUGUAUAGAUUCAUAUUAUUUAUCACAGGUUUUUAACAGAAUAUCAUUACACGAUGAGUUCAAGCCCCCUCUCAUCACGCUGACACUCUACAAUCAACCAUUUAGAGUCCCGGCUUGCUUGGCUAUCAUUCCACAUCAGAGCUUAAAAGCGUUCGAUUGAAAUAAGCAGCUUAGAGUUAUAUCUCAGGUGCAAAUUACAUUAAUCCAGACCCGUGUGGCCAAAGCAGGACAUGACUGAGUAAUCAGCCAGCCAGUAACAUUGUUCAUCACUGUAAAUCAAUGUCUCUGCUCCUGGUCUGUGAGAGGGCAGGAGUUGAUGAAUUGAGGAGCGCGGCGUGCGUUCCAAUUUCUCACCUCCCUCUUGAUAUCAUCAGGACAAAUUGUCCAGUAUGUGACACUAAUUUAUUUUUAUGGUGGUGGUUCCCCACUGUUGUGUCUGAGGAGACGAGGAGAAACAACAUGAGGUGGGGGAGUCAGAGAAAGUUUGCUUUUUACCAAGAAUAGCCUGUUAGUGUCUGUGCAGGAGCUGCUUUCCUCUACAGGAUGUGUAAAUAGUAUUUGCCUUUAUUUAUGCCAAAACAAUAUUAAUGAUAUGAAACUAUAUUUUUCAACUAUUACUGUUUGUAUGAUGUUGGCACGUGUAUCUUAUUGAACAUUAAAGAUUGCUGUUACAUUU